CACACUGCUCCUCUCUUUCAGAGAAAAUAUCGGAGGAAAGAGGAGAGAAAAAUUUGAGCCGCUCCAACUCCAAAGUCUGACGACCUGAAUACCCCGACCAUCACCGGCCACCGGCGCCGCCUCCACGCAGCCGUUUCCCGCCCAAAUCUCCACCGCCGCCCAAAUGUCGGAGGAGGAUGAGAAGAAGAAGGAGGAUGCCCAGCUGAGUGCGCUUGCGGGCUUCCUCCACGAAACCUACUCCGACAGCAUUCACAGCAUCCUCCUCGACGACGAUCCCUCGAAGCUUCCAUUUCCCGCUCGUUAUUGAAUUCGCGGAACUUAUGGACAUCGACCCCAAGUUCGCCGGGAAACUCUACUCCUGUCCCGGCGAGUACCUUCCCUUCCUCGACAAGGCCGCUAAACGGGUCAAGGAUGCGAUGCUCGAGGAAUUGGGUGAUUUGAAAGACGCAGUACGGAAGAAGCCCGUGCGCGUACGUAUCGACGUCUCUGGAUCACCGCUAGAAUUCCCUGAGGCGUCCCCGAGUAUUGGGAAGGUGAGGGUGAAGCACAUGAGGAAAUUGAUUACUCUGAAGGGAACUGUGAUAAGAUCAGGCGGAGUCAAGAUGAUUGAGUAUGAAAGGGACUACAUGUGCAGGAAGUGCCAGCACAGAUUCCCGGUUUGUCCUGAGCUGGAGGCUGGGAAUCGCAUAAAGCUUCCUGCAUUGUGCCCAUCAAAGAGUUCAAGAGGCUGUGGAAGUGCUUCUUUCCAGGUCAUUGAAGGUACUACAAUGUGCCGUGAUUACCAAGAAAUCAAAAUUCAAGAAAACGUACAACUUCUGGGUGUUGGAUCUAUACCCCGUUCGAUGCCGGUAAUUUUGAUGGAUGACCUUGUUGAUAGCAUUAAACCUGGAGAUGAUGUUAUUAUUACGGGCAUAUUAUCUGCCAAAUGGUCUCCUGAUAUUAAGGAUGUGCGAUCCAACCUUGAUCCUAUCCUGCUUGCCAAUUAUGUGAGGAGAACAAAUGAGCUGAAAUCUGAUUUAGACAUUCCUCCGGAAACUGAAGAGGAGUUUAAGCAUUUCUGGGAAGAAUACAGGCUUACUCCACUAAAAGGAAGAAAUUUUAUCUUGGAAGGCAUCUGUCCUCAAAUUUUUGGGCUAUUCACAGUGAAGCUUGCAGUUGCUCUUACAUUAAUUGGUGGAGUGCAACAUGUUGAUGCUUCUGGAACAAAGGUUCGUGGAGAACCCCAUAUGCUUCUUGUUGGUGAUCCAGGUACUGGUAAAUCCCAGUUUUUAAAGUUUGCUGCUAAAUUGAGCAACCGCUCUGUGAUUACAACUGGUCUUGGAAGCACAAGUGCUGGUUUAACUGUCACAGCUGUCAAGGAUGGAGGAGAGUGGAUGCUUGAGGCUGGUGCUCUUGUUCUGGCUGAUGGUGGUUUAUGUUGCAUUGAUGAAUUUGACAGCAUGCGAGAGCAUGACAGAACAACAAUACAUGAAGCCAUGGAGCAACAGACAAUAAGUAUUGCAAAGGCUGGACUAGUUACAACGCUCAGUACAAGGACUACUGUAUUUGGUGCCACUAAUCCAAAGGGGAAAUACGACCCUGAUGAAAGCUUAUCUGUGAAUACAACACUUUCAGGACCAUUGUUGAGUAGAUUUGACAUAGUUCUUGUUCUCUUGGAUACACAAAAUGAUGAUUGGGAUAAAAUAGUUUCGUCGCAUAUAUUGAAGGAGAGUUUUGAUGAAAAGAAAGACAAGACAAAUGCUUCUGAUGCAAAUUGGACACUCCCCAAGUUGAGAAGGUACAUCAAUUAUGUAAAGUGGUUUAAACCCGUGCUGACAAAGGAGGCAGAAAGAGUUAUCUCGAGCUAUUAUCAGCGUCAGAGAAAAUCAGGAACACAUAAUGCAGCAAGAACAACGGUACGCAUGCUUGAAAGUUUGAUAAGGCUUGCACAAGCACAUGCAAGGCUAAUGUUCAGAAAUGAGGUUAAACAACUAGACGCCAUUGCUGCCAUAUUAUGCAUUGAAUCCUCCACGACAACAUCUCCAAUAGUGGACAUUGUUGGAAAUGCUCUGCACUCAAUUUUUACAGAUAACCCUGACGAAGAAUGUAUCCUAACUUGUGAUUUUUUAGCCUACUUAUUUGGAUUCAAGUCAUUUCAUCAGUAAAAACUUCAAACUGAAUUCUCUUUGCUGUUUUUUUGUUAUUUUUUUUAUAUCUACAAAAAUACUAGUCUAUUUCUUCGGCAUGCCUGUGGAAGCAAGGAUAUUCAUGAGAGGAAUCUAUUCUCCCCCGUAAAUUGUUAAUUUUGCCGCAGAAUAUAAAACACAGGAGGAGGAGAUCCUUAAGAAGCUUGGACUAAUUGAAGAUUCCCCAUAAUUCAAUACAAAUCAUCAGCUGCUGCAUCUUGUGCUAUUCUGCACAAUGAAUCAGUGACAUGCUAAGUGAGUCGCCUAUCCUCGAAGCUUGUGGAUCAUCUAUAAGACUUGGAAAAACUGCUUCCAAAAUUCUAGAAAGGCCAAAAACCAAAGCAUGAUGUUCUUGCUUAAUCGAUGCUUCACCAUUUACUGGUUUAUAUGUGACUUUCAUGAUUGGAUGAGGUCUACCUUUGCAGCUCAUAGUUGGAUGGGCUUUAUAAUUUGCAGUUCAUGGUGCACAUUCGUCAUAUAAAAUUUUGCAAUCUGUAUCAGAUAGGCUUCGUAACGUGUACCAUCUUUUCUUUGUCACUCAGGAAUUUAUCUUAUGACAUCUAUGGUCUAUCUGUUCAAAUUGGAACAAGUUUGACUAGCUGAAUGAGUUUGCCCUCCUUUGUUAAUCGUCAUGUGGUUGUUUGGUGAGACAUUUGACAAUGUGGAGAAGACGCUAGGAUCUGGAAUUUCAAUGAUGUGGAGCGAACAGCAGUUGGAAGUAUGCCUGUCGCCACUCACCAGUCAAGCAGUGGGUUUCGGUUGGAACUUGGAAGUAUUGGCAGCCGCCAAGCCAGUCAGGCAAAGCGUCAAUGUACAUGACCGUGACGCAAGCACUGUAUUUUCUUCUCUCUUUUUUUUGAAAAGAUACUGCAUUUUCUUUUUUGAGAUUUCUUUUGCAAGCUACAAUUGGAGAUCGAUGCAGCUCUAA